UCCUAGUCACGAGACAGGCAUCUGACUUUCUAGUGUCUAGGACAAAGUCAUAGAAGCACGUGUUUGGCCGUUAUGGCUGCAAAAAGGGAAGCUGCUCCCUUCAGUUGGUUACCCUGUGGGUUGUAUCAGUGCUGACUGUGUAAUGUUGACUCAUGUUGUUGGCUCAUUCUUAUGCAGCCUUGGGCGGAAACGGUCAGAGGAUAUCGUUUCCUUUAUAAAAACCGAAGUGCAUCUUGCAAUUCCUAAUGUGGUGAUGGUUCCUAGCCUGGAUGACAUUCAGCAAGCCAUCAACCGCAUGAUCCAGUUUACUCUGGAGGUCAGCAGAGGAGUGGCACACUGGGGACAGCAGCAGGUCCGACGAAUCAAGUCCAUUCCUAACAGUUCCUCUCGCACUGACCAAAACCUCCCAGGCACAGGAAAAGUGCUGUUGAAGGAAGACAGGUCCUACGAAGAAACUAUCCCUGCCAGGAAGCUAAAGAACUUUUACCCUGGGGUGGCAGAGCACAAGGACAUCUCCAAGCUGGUCCUCCUCCUGUCUUCCUCUAUGAAUUCUCUUCGGAAGGCAGCCAACGAGGCCUUGCAGGACUUUCAGAAGUACAAGACUCUGUGGACCGAAGACCGGGACGUCAAAGUGAAGGAGUUUUUGGCCAACAACCCAUCCCUGACUGAGAUCAGGUCGGAGAUUCUCCACUACGCCACGUUUGAACAGGAGAUCGAUGAGCUAAAGCCCAUUAUUGUCGUAGGAGCCCUUGAAUUGCACACAGAGCCAAUGAAAUUAGCCUUGUCAAUCGAGGCCAAGGCCUGGAAGAUGCUGCUCUGUCGAUACUUGAAUGAAGAGUAUAAAAAGAAAAUGUCAGACAUGAUAGCAUUCAUCACCGAGUACUUGAAAAAGUUGUCCAGGCCCAUCCGUGACCUAGACGAUGUCAGAUUUGCCAUGGAAGCUCUAUCUUGCAUUCGGGAUAAUGAAAUUCAAAUGGACAUGACUCUGGGGCCCAUUGAAGAAGCCUAUGGCAUUUUAAACAGAUUUGAAGUUGAAGUGACCAAAGAAGAGUCUGAGGGCGUUGACACCUUGAGAUACUCAUUCAACAAACUGCAGAGCAAAGCUGUUUCUGUACAGGAUGAGCUUGUUCAAGUGCAACCCAAGUUUAAAGGCAACCUGCUUGAGUCAGUGGAAAUUUUUCGUGAGGACGUUGUUAACUUUACAGAAGCCUAUGAGUUGGAAGGACCCAUGGUACCAAACAUUCCACCCCAAGAAGCUAGCAACAGGCUGCAGAUAUUUCAGGCCAAUUUUGAUGAUCUAUGGAGGAAAUUUGUUACAUAUUCAUCUGGGGAACAACUUUUCGGAUUACCAGUGACUGACUAUGAAGUUUUGCAUAAAAUCAGAAAAGAACUUAACUUGCUCCAGAAGCUGUAUGGACUGUAUGACACUGUCAUGGGCAGCAUCAGUGGUUAUUAUGAGAUACUCUGGGGAGAUGUAGACAUUGAAAAAAUCAACGCAGAACUACUGGAGUUCCAGAACAGAUGCCGAAAACUUCCCAAAGGUCUGAAAGACUGGCAGGCUUUCCUGGACCUCAAAAAGAGAAUUGACGACUUCAGUGAGUCGUGCCCCCUACUAGAAAUGAUGACCAACAAAGCGAUGAAGCAGAGGCACUGGGACCGCAUCUCAGAGCUCACUGGCACCCCAUUCGACGUGGAAUCCGAUUCGUUUUGCCUGAGAAAUAUCAUGGAAGCUCCUCUCCUUAAAAAUAAGGAUGAUAUUGAGGAUAUCUGCAUAUCUGCCAGUAAGGAGAAGGAUAUUGAAGCCAAGUUGACACAGGUGGUCGAGAACUGGACCAACCAGAACCUGAGUUUUGCGGCGUUUAAGGGGAAAGGCGAGCUCCUGCUCAAAGGGACUGAGUCCGGAGAAAUUAUCACCUUGAUGGAGGACAGCUUGAUGGUCUUAGGUUCCUUGCUGAGCAACAGAUAUAAUGCUCCAUUCAAAAAGAAUAUUCAGAAUUGGGUGUAUAAGUUGUCCACCUCCUCGGACAUCAUUGAGGAGUGGCUGGUGGUACAGAAUCUGUGGGUCUACCUUGAAGCCGUCUUUGUAGGCGGGGACAUCGCUAAGCAGCUGCCUCAGGAAGCCAAACGGUUCCAGAAUAUUGACAAGUCCUGGAUCAAAAUCAUGCAGCGAGCUCACGAGAACCCCAAUGUGAUCAGCUGCUGCGUGGGAGAUGAGACAAUGGGGCAACUCUUGCCUCACUUACACGAGCAGUUGGAAGUCUGCCAGAAGUCCCUCACAGGGUAUUUGGAGAAGAAGCGAUUGCUCUUUCCGAGAUUCUUCUUUGUCUCUGACCCGGUUCUGCUGGAAAUCCUUGGACAGGCCAGUGACUCCCACACCAUACAGCCACAUCUCCCUGCUGUGUCUGACAACAUAAACGAGGUGACAUUUCAUGCAAAAGACUAUGAUCGAAUGAUGGCUGUUAUAUCCAGAGAAGGAGAAAAAAUCAUGUUGGAUACACCGGUUAUGGCCAAAGGUCCUGUAGAGAUUUGGCUUCUGGACUUGCUAAAAGUCCAGAUGUCAUCGUUACAUAAUAUAAUCCGGUCUGCCUUCUAUCAGAUCAGCGAUUCAGGAUUUCUCCUGUUACCUUUCCUCCACCACUUCCCAGCGCAGGUUGGGCUUCUGGGAAUUCAGAUGUUGUGGACACACGACUCAGAAGAGGCUUUAAAUAAUGCAAAGGAUGACAGGAAAAUCAUGCAGAUAACCAAUCAGAAAUUUCUGGAUAUCCUAAAUACUCUUAUCAGUCAGACGACGCACGACCUGACCAAGUUUGACCGAGUGAAGUUUGAGACUUUGAUUACCAUCCACGUGCACCAGAGAGAUAUUUUUGAUGACUUGGUGAAAAUGCACAUCAAGUCUGUUACUGACUUUGAAUGGCUGAAACAGAGCAGGUUCUAUUUCAAAGAAGAUUUGGAUCAGACUGUGGUGUCGAUCACAGAUGUUGAUUUCAUUUACCAAAACGAAUUUCUGGGAUGCACGGAUCGCCUCGUGAUUACCCCGUUAACAGAUAGAUGUUACAUCACGCUGGCUCAGGCUUUGGGAAUGAACAUGGGCGGGGCUCCAGCAGGACCGGCCGGGACGGGUAAAACAGAAACCACCAAAGACAUGGGCAGGUGCUUGGGGAAGUAUGUGGUUGUGUUCAACUGCUCAGAUCAGAUGGAUUUCCGAGGCCUGGGAAGGAUUUUCAAAGGUCUCGCACAGUCGGGUUCCUGGGGUUGCUUUGAUGAGUUUAACAGAAUUGAAUUGCCUGUUUUAUCUGUGGCGGCCCAACAAAUUUACAUAGUUUUGACAGCGAGGAAAGAGAGGAAAAAACAGUUCAUUUUCUCAGAUGGUGACUGCGUGGAUUUAAAUCCAGAAUUUGGAAUCUUCCUGACAAUGAACCCUGGAUAUGCUGGUCGCCAGGAACUGCCAGAAAACUUAAAAAUCCUGUUUAGAACAGUUGCAAUGAUGGUUCCUGACAGGCAGAUCAUUAUGCGAGUUAAACUUGCAAGCUGUGGUUUUCUUGAAAACGUUAUCUUGGCGCAAAAGUUUUAUGUUCUCUAUAAACUCUGCGAAGAGCAACUUACUAAACAGGUCCACUAUGACUUUGGACUGAGAAAUAUCCUGUCUGUGCUGAGGACCCUUGGAUCUCAGAAAAGAGCCCGUCCGGAGGACAGUGAACUAAGCACGGUUAUGCGAGGACUAAGAGACAUGAACCUUUCCAAAUUGGUUGAUGAAGACGAGCCCCUGUUCCUCAGCUUGAUCAACGACCUGUUCCCAGGGUUACAGCUGGACAGUAGCACUUACGCAGAACUGCAAGCUGCGGUGGACAACCAGGUCAACCUGGAAGGUCUGAUUAACCACCCACCCUGGAACCUCAAAUUAGUGCAGUUGUAUGAGACCUCGCUGGUACGGCACGGCCUCAUGACUCUUGGGCCCAGUGGUUCCGGGAAGACGGCUGUCAUCACAAUUCUGAUGAAGUCAUUAACAGAGUGCGGGAGGCCUCACAGAGAGAUGCGGAUGAAUCCAAAGGCCAUCACUGCACCCCAGAUGUUUGGUAGACUGGAUACAGCCACCAACGACUGGACAGACGGAAUCUUUUCCACUCUAUGGAGGAAGACACUAAAAGCUAAAAAGGGGGAAAACAUCUUCCUCAUCUUAGAUGGCCCCGUGGAUGCCAUUUGGAUUGAGAAUUUAAACUCUGUGUUGGACGAUAACAAGACACUCACCCUGGCUAACGGGGACCGCAUUCCCAUGGCCCCUAACUGUAAGCUGGUGUUUGAGGUGCACAACAUUGAGAACGCCUCUCCUGCGACAGUGUCAAGGAUGGGCAUGGUGUAUAUCAGCAGUUCAGCUCUCAACUGGAGGCCCAUAUUGCAGGCAUGGUUGAAGAAGCGCACGCAGCAGGAAGCCUCUGUGUUCUUGAGUCUGUAUGACAAGGCUUUUGAAGAAACGUACACAUACAUGAAACUCACCCUCAACCCCAAAAUGCAGCUGCUGGAGUGUAACUACAUCAUGCAGUCUCUCAAUCUCCUGGAAGGGUUGAUUCCCUCCAAAGAAGAAGGCGGCAUCUCAUCCAUGGAUCAUCUCCAUAAGCUGUUUGUGUUUGGCCUCAUGUGGAGUUUGGGAGCCCUUUUAGAACUGGAGAGCAGAGAAAAACUUGAACUCUUUCUACGGGGUCACAAAAGCAAGUUAGACCUGCCAGAAAUUCCCAAGGACACCCAUCAGACCAUGUAUGAGUUCUUUGUUUCUGAUAUUGGUGAUUGGGAACACUGGAACAAGAGACUUCAACCAUACUUUUAUCCAACGGACAGCAUUCCAGAGUAUUCUUCCAUCUUGGUUCCAAACGUUGACAACAUCAGGACCAAUUUUUUGAUAGACACAAUUGCAAAACAACAUAAAGCUGUUUUGCUCACGGGAGAGCAGGGGACUGCGAAAACUGUGAUGGUGAAGGCCUAUCUAAAGAAAUACGACCCUGAAGUACAGCUAUCCAAGAGUCUAAAUUUUUCCUCUGCCACAGAACCAAUGAUGUUUCAGCGAACCAUCGAAAGCUACGUGGAUAAGAGGAUGGGGAGCACCUAUGGGCCUCCAGGAGGGAGGAAGAUGACUGUGUUUAUUGAUGACAUCAAUAUGCCAGUGAUCAAUGAGUGGGGAGAUCAGAUAACUAAUGAGAUUGUGCGGCAGAUGAUGGAAAUGGAGGGAAUGUAUAGCUUGGACAAACCUGGAGACUUCACUACCAUCGUCGAUGUGCAGCUCAUAGCAGCCAUGAUUCAUCCCGGAGGGGGCCGGAACGAUAUCCCACAGCGCUUAAAAAGACAAUUUACCGUGUUUAAUUGCACGCUGCCUUCAAAUACUUCUAUAGACAAGAUUUUCGGAAUUAUUGGCUGUGGAUACUUUGAUCCCUGUAGAAAGUUCAAACCUGAAAUCUGUGAGAUGGUUGGGAAUUUAGUCUCCGUGGGCCGAGUGCUGUGGCAGUGGACAAAGGUGAAGAUGCUUCCGACGCCUUCUAAAUUUCACUAUAUCUUCAACCUUCGAGAUCUUUCCAGGAUUUGGCAAGGGAUGUUAACCAUAAAAGCUGAAGAGUGUGACUCCAUCACCAUUCUCAUGUCACUCUUCAAGCAUGAGUGCCACAGAGUGAUCGCGGACAGGUUUAUAACUCCUGAAGACGAACAGUGGUUCGAUGCACAGCUCAUUCGGGCUAUUGAAGAAAACAUCAGCCCAGACAUUGCGUCAGUUCUUCUCCCUGAACCAUACUUUGUGGAUUUUCUUCGUGACAUGCCUGAAAUCACUGGUGACGAACCUGAAGACACUGCGUUUGAAGUGCCUAAAAUCUAUGAAUUGGUGCCAACCUUUGAGUAUCUGUCUGAAAAACUCCAGUUUUAUCAGAAACAGUUCAAUGAGAUCAUCAGAGGGACAACUCUUGACCUGGUGUUUUUUAAAGAUGCAAUGACUCACCUGAUUAAGAUCUCCCGGAUAAUUCGAACUUCCUGUGGGAAUGCAUUGCUGGUGGGUGUCGGCGGCUCAGGGAAGCAGAGCCUUUCAAGGCUGGCCUCUUUUAUUGCUGGGUACCAAAUAUUUCAGAUAACGUUAACAAGGUCUUACAAUGUGGCCAAUCUAAUAGAUGACUUAAAGAAUUUGUACAAAGUUGCUGGAGCUGAGGGCAAAGGCAUCACCUUCAUCUUUACAGACAAUGAAAUAAAAGACGAGGCAUUCCUAGAAUACCUCAAUAACUUGCUGUCCUCAGGGGAGAUCUCCAAUCUGUUUGCUCGAGAUGAGAUGGAUGAGAUCACCCAAGGCCUGAUAUCGGUGAUGAAGAGGGAGCUGCCUCGCCACCCUCCCACCUUUGAUAACCUGUAUGAAUACUUCAUCUCCAGAUCCAGGAGGAAUUUACACGUUGUUCUCUGCUUUUCCCCAGUUGGUGAGAAGUUCCGGGCCCGGUCCCUGAAGUUUCCUGGCUUGAUUUCUGGCUGCACCAUGGACUGGUUCAGCCGCUGGCCCAAGGAGGCUCUGAUAGCCGUAGCCUCCUACUUCCUUUUAGAGUACAACAUUGUCUGUUCCACUGAGAUCAAGAAGCAGGUGGUGGAAACCAUGGGGCUCUUUCACGACAUGGUUUCUGAGAGCUGUGAGAAUUAUUUCCAAAGAUACCGCCGAAGAGCCCAUGUGACUCCCAAAUCAUAUCUCUCAUUUAUAAAUGGUUAUAAAAACAUCUACACUGAAAAGGUGAAGUAUAUCAAUGAGCAAGCCGAGCGGAUGAAUAUCGGUCUGGACAAGCUGAUGGAGGCCAGCGAAUCUGUCGCUAAACUCUCACAGGAUCUCGCCGUCAAGGAGAAGGAACUGGCCGUGGCUUCCGUGAAAGCAGAUGAAGUACUGGCAGAAGUCACAGUGAGUGCCCAGGCUUCAGCCAAGGUGAAAAAUGAAGUCCAGGAGGUAAAAGACAAAGCCCAGAAGAUCGUGGAUGAAAUUGACAGUGAGAAGGUGAAAGCAGAGAGCAAACUGGAGGCAGCCAAACCUGCACUGGAAGAAGCAGAGGCCGCCCUGAAUACCAUCAAACCAAAUGACAUCGCCACGGUCAGGAAGCUCGCCAAACCACCUCAUCUGAUUAUGAGAAUCAUGGACUGUGUGCUGUUACUAUUCCAGAAGAAAAUCGACCCUGUUACUAUGGACCCAGAAAAGCCUUGCUGCAAGCCCUCCUGGGGGGAGUCAUUGAAGCUGAUGAGUGCAACAGGGUUCCUGUGGAGCCUGCAGCAGUUCCCCAAGGACACCAUCAACGAGGAGACUGUGGAGUUACUGCAGCCCUAUUUUAACAUGGAGGAUUACAGUUUUGAGAGCGCCAAAAAAGUCUGUGGGAAUGUGGCUGGCUUGCUGUCCUGGACUCUUGCUAUGGCAAUAUUUUAUGGCAUCAACAGGGAGGUGUUGCCUCUGAAGGCAAACCUGGCCAAGCAGGAAGGCCGCUUGGCUGUGGCCAAUGCAGAAUUGGGGAAGGCCCAGGCCCUGCUGGAUGAGAAGCAGGCUGAGCUGGACAAGGUGCAGGCCAAAUUUGACGAUGCGAUGAAUGAGAAAAUGGAUCUGCUCAAUGAUGCAGACAUGUGUAGGAAGAAGAUGCAGGCGGCCUCCACGCUCAUUGAUGGGCUGAGUGGAGAAAAAGUCCGGUGGACCCAGCAAAGUAAAGAGUUCAAAGCUCAGAUUAAUAGACUUGUAGGUGAUGUUCUGCUGUGCACAGGCUUCCUCUCCUACCUUGGCCCUUUCAACCAGAUAUUCAGGAACUAUUUGCUUAAAGACCAGUGGGAGCUAGAGUUGAAAGCACGGAAAAUCCCUUUCACUGAAAACCUGAAUCUCAUUGCCAUGCUCGUGGACCCUCCAACUAUUGGCGAGUGGGGCCUGCAGGGGUUACCUGGAGAUGACUUGUCAAUUCAGAAUGGCAUUAUUGUGACAAAGGCCACCAGAUACCCCCUCCUCAUCGAUCCCCAGACUCAGGGGAAAACGUGGAUUAAAUCAAAGGAAAAAGAAAACGACUUACAGGUGACGUCUCUGAACCAUAAGUAUUUCCGCACACACUUGGAGGACAGCCUCUCCUUGGGCCGCCCCCUUCUCAUCGAGGACAUCCGAGAGGAGCUGGACCCUGCUUUGGAUAAUGUGCUUGAAAAGAACUUCAUUAAAUCGGGCACCGCUUUCAAGGUGAAAGUUGGUGAUAAGGAAUGUGACGUCAUGGACACAUUUAAACUUUACAUCACCACGAAGUUACCGAAUCCUGCCUUUACCCCUGAGAUCAACGCCAAGACGUCGGUCAUUGAUUUUACUGUCACCAUGAAGGGACUUGAGAACCAGUUACUCAGGAGGGUCAUUCUAACAGAGAAACAGGAGUUGGAAUCGGAGAGGGUUAAGCUUCUAGAGGACGUUACUUUCAAUAAGCGGAAGAUGAAGGAGCUUGAGGAUAACCUGCUGUAUAAACUGAGCACCACGCAAGGUUCCUUGGUGGACGACGAAUCUCUCAUUGGUGUCCUGCACAUCACCAAGCAUACAGCAGCAGAAGUAAGUGAAAAACUCCACGUGGCUGCUGAAACGGAGAUCAAGAUCAACACAGCUCAGGAGGAGUUCCGGCCUGCAGCCACCCGUGGCAGCAUCCUUUAUUUCCUCAUCACAGAGAUGAGCAUGGUUAACAUCAUGUACCAGACCUCACUGGCUCAGUUCCUGAAGUUAUUUGACCAGUCCAUGGCCAGAUCUGAAAAGUCUCCACUACCUCAAAAAAGAAUUACAAAUAUUAUCGAAUACCUGACGUAUGAGGUUUUUACAUACUCAGUGAGAGGCCUGUAUGAAAACCACAAAUUCCUCUUUGUACUCCUCAUGACAUUAAAGAUCGACCUACAGAGAGGGACGGUCAAGCACAGAGAGUUUCAGGCCCUGAUUAAAGGCGGAGCAGCUCUGGACCUGAAGGCGUGUCCCCCCAAACCCUUUCGCUGGAUCUUGGAUAUGACGUGGCUGAACCUUGUGGAGCUCAGUAAGCUCCCCCAGUUUGCAGAGAUUAUGAACCAGAUAUCUCGGAAUGAGAAGGGGUGGAAAAACUGGUUCGAUAAAGACGCCCCGGAGGAGGAGAUCAUUCCUGAUGGAUAUAAUGAUUCCCUGGAUACCUGCCGCAAACUUCUGCUCAUCAGAUCUUGGUGCCCAGACCGCACUGUUUUCCAAGCAAGAAAAUACAUCGCAGACUCUCUCGAGGAUAAGUACACAGAACCAGUUAUCCUGAAUCUGGAGAAGACGUGGGAAGAAAGCGAUACCCACACGCCUCUGAUUUGUUUCCUGUCCAUGGGCUCUGACCCCACCAUCCAGAUUGAUGCACUGGCCAAAAAGCUGAAGCUGGAGUGUAGAACUAUCUCAAUGGGACAAGGGCAAGAAGUGCAUGCUCGAAAGCUAGUUCAGAUGUCCAUGCUACAGGGUGGUUGGGUAUUACUGCAAAACUGUCACCUUGGUCUAGAAUUCAUGGAAGAAUUACUAGAGACGUUAAUGACCACAGAAACCAUGGAGGACUCUUUCCGAGUAUGGAUAACCACUGAACCCCACGACCGAUUUCCAAUUACAUUACUCCAGACUUCUCUCAAGUUCACAAAUGAACCACCUCAAGGCGUGCGGGCAGGCCUGAAAAGGACAUUCGCUGGAAUCAACCAAGACCUCCUGGACAUCAGUAACUUACCCAUGUGGAAGCCCAUGCUCUACACAGUGGCGUUUCUGCACUCCACUGUGCAGGAGCGACGAAAAUUUGGUCCUUUGGGAUGGAAUAUUCCCUAUGAAUUCAAUUCUGCUGACUUCACGGCCAGUGUUCAGUUCAUCCAAAACCACCUCGAUGAGUGUGAUAUCAAAAAGGGUGUGUCGUGGAGUACGGUGAGGUACAUGAUUGGAGAAGUACAGUACGGAGGCAGAGUGACAGAUGACUUUGACAAACGGCUACUUAACUGCUUUGCCAGAGUCUGGUUCAGUGAGAAGAUGUUUGAGCCCUCGUUCUGUUUUUACACCGGAUAUAAAAUUCCUGUGUGUAAAACCUUGGACCAGUAUUUUGAGUACAUCCAGUCUCUGCCAUCCCUAGAUAAUCCAGAAGUCUUUGGGCUCCACCCUAAUGCUGACAUCACGUAUCAGAGUAACACAGCAUCUGCUGUCCUGGAUACCAUCACCAACAUUCAACCCAAGGAGAGCGGUGGUGGCAUGGGUGAGACUCGCGAGGCCAUCGUCUACAGGCUGUCUGAGGACAUGCUGAGCAAGCUGCCACCUGACUAUGUGCCUCAUGAGGUGAAAGCUCGUUUGGUGAAGAUGGGGCACCUUAAUUCAAUGAACAUAUUUCUUAGACAAGAAAUUGACCGAAUGCAGAGAGUCAUUUCAAUCCUCCGGAACAGCCUGAGCGAUCUCAAACUGGCCAUUGAAGGGACAAUCAUCAUGAGUGAGAACUUGAGAGACGCGCUGGACAACAUGUAUGAUGCCCGCAUACCUCAACUCUGGAAGAGGGUGUCCUGGGAUUCCUCUACCCUUGGCUUCUGGUUCACUGAGCUUCUGGAGAGGAACGCUCAGUUUUCAGUCUGGAUAUUUGAAGGGAGGCCUAACGUGUUCUGGAUGACUGGUUUCUUUAACCCCCAAGGAUUCCUCACAGCAAUGAGGCAAGAAGUGACCCGAGCUCACAAAGGCUGGGCACUGGACACGGUGACCAUCCACAAUGAAGUCCUGCGGCAGACCAAAGAGGAGAUCACCGCACCCCCUGUGGAAGGUGUGUAUAUUUAUGGGCUGUAUAUGGACGGAGCAUCCUGGGACAGGCGGAAUGGGAAACUCACAGAAUCCACCCCGAAGGUUCUCUUCAUGCAGAUUCCUGUCCUGCAUAUCUUUGCCAUCAACUCCACGGCACCCAAGGACCCGAAACUGUACGUGUGUCCUAUCUACAAGAAACCCAGGCGAACUGAUCUCACCUUCAUCACAAUGGUGUACCUGCGCACGGUGCUGUCCCCGGAUCACUGGAUCCUGAGGGGAGUAGCCCUCUUGUGUGACAUCAAGUAGGUUCAUUUCUGCCUGCCUUGGGCACCGGAAAAGCCACAUGGAAGCCCUGCCAUUGACAGACUCAGACGUGUGUGUCUCCCCUCCCCAGUAGGUCCUUCAUUACUCUCCCCCAAUUAAACAGUUGACACUUCUCCCA